ACGUUUGACCUGUCUCCUGUCUCUGGCCUUGGCUCGUAACGCGGUGCUGCUGUUUGUCAGUGCGUGCUGGCUGUAGGUUUUAAUAAACGUCAACUAGUUCGUGUUCGUGUCCGACAGGCCCGCUUGUAAACUUGGAGCCGUUACUGCGGAGCUGAGCCACAAUGCUGAAAUGUAGAACUGUAUGGAAAAAGCUUGCACCCCUUGCUCGAGCCUCCUCAACUCUUUGCCGGCAGAAUGUGAGGAGAGCAGGGCUAAAUAAUGGCAAAAUACCAUCAUGUGUACCUGCGGGUCACAUGUCCACCGGGCCUGCAGGGGGAGGUAGAGAUAACAAGUUGUACUUUCUUCUGGUUGGAGUGACCUUCAUUGGUGGUGGAAUAUAUACGUACCGAACCGUCAAGGGAGACCACCAAAGAUAUCAGGAGCGUAUUGACGAAAUUUCAUCCAGACCACAUAAACAAGCCGCAGAGGAACCAGCCAUACCCAUCCAAUCAGAGCCUCCUGCCGUCCCUGAGCCAGAACCUCAAGCAGCAUUUUCACCAGAAGAGCCGAGCCCUCCCGCCCCUGAUGCUGAAAUACUGGCCCCCACUGAAACAACUGAACCCCCCCCAGCAGAUGAGCCAGUGGUAGAAGCAUCUGCAGAGGAGGCAGCAGCACCAUCUGCAGCAGCUGUAGUUGAGGAGGCACCAUCACCCCCCUCUGAGCCGUCCCCCGCUGAGUUUACAGAGUCGCCCCAUGUACCUGUUGCGGAGAGUGAAACUACAGCAGCAGCAGCAGCAGCCGAGCCGACCGAGCCUCAACCGGAAGUUGUGGCAGAGAGUGAACCUACAGCAGCAGCAGAAAGCCCCGCAGCCGAGCCGACCGAGCCUCAACUGGAAGUUGUGGCAGAGAGUGGAGACUCCGCACCUGCCUCUCUCCAGUUCCCCUCACACACCCCCUACCUCCUUAUCGGUGGAGGUACCGCCUCUUUCGCUGCAGCCCGGUCCAUUCGAGCCAGAGACCCCGGUGCCAAGGUAUUGAUUGUGACUGACGAGCCAGUCCCCCCAUACAUGAGACCCCCUCUUUCCAAGGAACUGUGGUUCUCUGAUGAUCCCAGUGUGACGGAAACACUGCGUUUCAAACAGUGGAAUGGAAAAGAAAGGAGUAUCUACUUCCAGCCACCAUCAUUUUACAUAAGUGCAGAAGAAUUAGAUGGUGCAGAAAAUGGUGGAGUUGCAAUUCUCACCGGCAAAAAGGUGGUUCACAUGGACGUGAGAGGAAACAAAAUCAAACUGGACGAUAAUACUGAGAUUUCAUACGACAAGUGUUUGAUUGCUACAGGUGGUGUGCCUAGAAGUCUCCAGGUCAUUGAGAGAGCAGGAGAGGAGGUGAUGAAGAGGACAACGUUGUUCCGCAAGGUUGAGGACUUCAAAUCAUUGGAUAAGGUCUCCAGAAGCAUCAAGUCGAUCACAAUCAUUGGGGGCGGCUUCCUGGGCAGCGAGCUGGCCUGUGCCCUCGGCAGGAGAUCAACCGAGUGUGACCUGGAGGUGAUACAGAUGUUCCCUGAGAAGGGCAACAUGGGAAAAGUGUUGCCCGAGUACCUGAGCAACUGGACGACAGAAAAAGUCAAGAAAGAGGGAGUGAAAGUCAUCUCGGAAGCGUUGGUGAAAUCUGUGGUCUGCAAAGAUGAAAAACUAGAAAUCCAACUGAAAGAUGGCCGAUUGGUGAAAACUGACCACAUUGUUGCAGCUGUUGGCCUGGAGCCCAAUGUUGACCUCGCUAAGUCAGCAGGUCUGGAGGUGGAUUCUGACUUCGGUGGCUUUCGAGUCAAUGCAGAGUUACAAGCUAGAUCCAAUAUUUGGGUGGCUGGAGAUGCUGCCUGUUUCUAUGACAUCAGACUGGGCCGCAGACGAGUGGAGCACCACGACCACGCCGUUGUGAGUGGACGACUAGCGGGAGAGAACAUGACCGGAGCCAACAAACCCUACUGGCAUCAGUCUAUGUUCUGGAGCGACCUGGGCCCUGAUGUCGGCUACGAGGCGAUUGGGAUCGUCGACAGCAGCCUACCGACAGUCGGAGUGUUUGCCAAAGCCACGGCCAAAGAUACACCGAAGGCUGCUACGGAGAAGUCGGGAACUGGGAUCCGGUCAGAAAGCGAAACGGAAGACACGGCUGUCAGCCCAGUGGCCUCUCCAUCGCCUGCUGCCCCUGCGGUGGUGCAGAAAGACGAGUACGGAAAAGGAGUCAUCUUCUACCUGAGAGACAAAGUGGUGGUGGGCAUUAUCCUGUGGAACGUGUUCAACAGGAUGCCCGUCGCAAGGAAGAUCAUCAAGGACGGAGAGCAGCAUGUCGAUCUCAACGAAGUGGCCAAACUGUUCAACAUCCAUGACGAUUAAGAUGGUGGUGGCCGGCACUUAUUGUGAGAGGGGAGCGUCCUGUGAAGACUGAACUCUGGCAGCCAUUGCCACAGUCUUUAAGACACAAAUGAUCAUACAUACAAAGGAUUCAUGUUCAAGAUUCUGAGAUAUUUAUAAUAUUUGUAUCCACUGCACCGGUUUUUGUUUGUUUUCUUUAUUUUUCUAUCUAGGAAACAUUUGUCUCAUUUUCCACCCAGCGUGUUGCUCAUGUUUAAAAAUAGAUAAAUAAAUAAAUUAUGGUCAAGA